AUGGUCCGCGAAUACAACGCCAACACCACAGCUGAUGACCUGCUGAAGGAUCUUUCAUCCGAGAUCAAGGGCAAAGUCAUUCUCGUCACCGGUGUCUCUCAAGGCACUCUGGGUGGUGUCUUUCUCGAGUACGUCGCAAAGGCUGCUCCUGCUGGACUCAUCCUUGCCGGCCGCACCCUGAGCAAGGUCCAACAGUCCGCCGAUGCCCUCAAGGCAGCUCACCCUGCCAUCGACAUCCGCACCCUUCAAAUUGACCUCGGCUCCUUCGCUGCGGUCCGUGAGGCUGCUGCCACCGUCAACUCUUGGGAAGAUGUUCCUCACAUCGAUGUCCUGGUGAACAACGCCGGAAUCAUGGCUGUUCCCUAUGGAAAGACCGUCGAUGGCUUUGAGCUGCAGUUUGGAAGCAACCACCUGGGCCCAUUCCUCUUUACCAACCUCAUCAUUGACAAGAUUCUGGCCGCCAAGGCUCCCCGAGUUGUCAACAUUUCCAGCAGCGGCCACAGACUCAACCCAAUCCGAUUCUUUGACUACAACUUCCGAGACGGCGAGACAUACAACGCCUGGCAAGCAUAUGGACAAUCCAAGACUGCCAACAUGCUGAUGGCUAUUUCCCUGGCUGAGAAGCUUGGAUCCCGUGGCCUGACUGCGUUCAGCCUUCAGCCUGGCGCCAUCAUGACUCACCUUGGUGACCAUCUCGACUUUUCCGUCCAAGGACCAGCACUAGCCAUGGCCGACAGACAGCUCGGAAACUCUGAGGGCUGGGAUGAUGGUUUCGACUUCAAGCCCAUCGAGAGGGGCGUUGCCACUCACAUCUACGCUGCAUUCGAGCCCAGCCUGAAAGAGCACAACGGUGUGUACUUGGAGGACUCGCACAUCGCCGACCCGGAGGUACAGACUGUCAAGCCUUGGGGCACCAGCAAGGUCGAGGCUGAUCGCCUGUGGAAGCUCAGCGAGAAGCUUGUUGGACAGAAGUUUUCAUACUAA